AUUAUUUCUUACUGUGUGGUUAGUCCUAUUGAACUCUGACUGCACACAGAGUAAGUGCAUUGUUCAAGUCUUUACAAACUUGUAGGCUAGUGAAACAGUAGAUGCUGAGAAAUUCUAAUUGCGAUGCUCUUUCAUGUUGUUGAAGGUGUGAGAGUCCUCGUAGAUGCCAGAGAGAAACUUCAUAUUCCUUGGGGAGAUCCCGCCAACCAGAGCAAUGGAGAUACGAUGAUGGCUUUUGAUACGCGGUCAGUCACAGUGGUGCAAGGAAUGGUGGAGACAGCGGUUUUUUUACAGUACCUUCCAGCUAUCAGAGCGCUAUGGGCAGAUAGUGGUAUCCAGCAUGCGUAUGACAGGCGCAGAGAAUUCCAGCUGGGGGAAUCUGUAAAAUAUUUCUUGGACAACUUGGAUAAACUUGGAGAACAAGAUUAUCUUCCAUCACAGCAAGAUAUUCUGCUGGCACGAAGACCCACAAAAGGGAUUCAUGAGUACGACUUUGAAAUAAAAAACGUUCCUUUCAAAAUGGUUGAUGUAGGUGGCCAGAGGUCAGAAAGGAAACGCUGGUUUGAAUGCUUCGACAGUGUCACAUCAAUACUCUUCCUUGUUUCUUCAAGUGAAUUUGACCAAGUGCUUAUGGAGGAUCGGCAAACGAAUCGCCUUACAGAGUCUCUGAACAUUUUUGAAACAAUAGUCAAUAACCGGGUUUUCAGCAACGUCUCCAUCAUUCUCUUCCUAAAUAAGACGGACUUGCUUGAGGAAAAAGUACAAAAAGUGAGCAUCAAAGACUAUUUUCCAGAGUUUGAAGGGGAUCCCCACUGCUUAACAGAUGUCCAAAAAUUCCUAGUGGAUUGUUUUCGUACCAAACGCCGGGACCAGCAGCAGAAGCCUCUCUACCACCACUUCACCACUGCUAUUAACACAGAAAACAUCCGACUGGUUUUCCGUGAUGUCAAGGAUACCAUUCUUCAUGAUAACCUCAAGCAGCUUAUGCUACAGUGAUGUGCAAAAAGACGUUUUUAUUUGGAUAACUUUUGUGUGUUGUUUUUAAUAGAAGUUUACAGCAGGAGUAGAGAAAUCCAGAUCCUGUCAGACUUCUUGAUAUGUGGCUAAAAGCUGCUGCUGAACACAUUAUUGCCAAUAAUUGCUGAAUUUCUGCAGAAAUUCAGGCUUAAUCUCUUCCAGUGUAGCUUCAAGUUGACUCCAGUUGUUAUUUUAUAACAGACCUUUGCCUAAGUUACUUGUAAAGUGAUUAAAUAUGACCUUUUAAGAACAUAUAUGCUAAAAAGAGGGGAAAAAACCUAGACUAGAAAAUUCGUUCCACCUUCAGAAUUCCACCUUCAGACUUCAGUGCAAUUGUUGCAAUUGUUAAACUUUGGCACUAAUUAAAAAAAAAACACAAAACAAAACAAACUUCUCAUAUCGAACUUCAUAAUGAAGACUGUGAUUCUAUAGCUGACUUAGAUUUCUCAGGUCUUUUGUUGGUUAGAAAUUCCAUAAAUGCCUUGCUGGAAUCAUCUAUUUGAAGCUAAGAUACCUGGUGUAAUGUACUUCCUAUUUAAGUAUAAAUCUUUGCAUGGGUUUUGAUUAGGAUAUGCUUUAAAAAUUCUUAGAUUGGGAACUUCAGACAUAUCUGGCAGGAAGUACUAACGCAGGCAAAAGUCUAAUGACUAGGAAUUAGUAAAUGGCACAGUACUCUCUUUCACUCCUUUGCUUUUUUAAGUGCUCUCCAUCUUAGAGCUGUGACAAAGCACAGAGCACUAUGAUAACAGUUCUCUUGAAAUUCUGAUGUGGGAAGAGGGAACAAACUAAACUUGUAUUUCUUAUCUUCACUACCCAGAUGUUACAUGUAGGUACUUUACCUGUUCUUGAAGUGCUUUAAUAUAUCACUGCGGGGUUUUUUUGCUUUGUUUUUACUUUCUUCAUAACUUAAUACAGUGUGCCUAUUCUUAACUGGCAAGCAAGCAUUUGGUGAUGGAUAGAAGUACUCACAAACCUAAGUGCCUCUUUAUGUUCUGUCCUCCUACAGUAUUUUCAGUGGCCUUACGUGAGCGUGUAUGUUCCCAGCAGAGGCCUUGUGUAGCUAACACCACUAAGAUGAAUGUUUCUUUUUUGAAAAAAGAGCAUGUCACAGCAGAAUAUGCUUCAGGUGACAAGAUUCUCUCUGAAACUUUCCAAUUGGGUCUAGCAAUCCUAAGUGUACUUGAGCCAAAUAUGUUGCACAGCAUACUCUAGAGUACAGCUUGUGACUAAUAGUAUUUUACCAAAAGACCCAUUGCGGUUCUUGCCUUUUUUUUUUUUUUUUCCUCCUUUUUGGGGGCAUGGGGGCUUUACUGUGACCAUGCGACUAAACAAUACUCUUUGAACAGACAUCCUCAUACACCACACAAUAUUACUAAAUAAAAGUAAGCUUACCAACUUGCAUUUUAAAAAGUAGUGCCGUUACAAGUUUCCUCCAGACUGAAGUUCCAUUUAGGCUGUCCUGCUUGCCACUUUUCUCCAUGGAAAUGGCUAAUUCCUGUGGAUGAUGAUGAUGCUGGCCAUACUUUCUUAAAUGGGUUUUUAUAACAUAGUACAUAUGUGGCAAGAGGUGUGACACAAUAUUCAGACUGCUUUGAGCAGUAUCCCUGCAAGUGUGAUAAUAUUGCUAGAACAUGGGAAAGCUGCCUGUCUUCUGAACUUAGCCUUUUACUUACUGUGAUUGUAAGUUGUAUUAACAUCUCUGUACCUCGUUCCCCUUUCAGUAGAAGGGGAAUAGUGUAGGUGUACUUUAGUUAAAUGCUUUGAAAUACCUUUUUUUUUUUUAUAUCGUCCAAUGCAUAAUCAUAGGUCUUAAACAUUAAUCUGUGAUUUGUGAUGAGGCACUAUCUUGGGGAGGAAAGAAUUCUGAAAAGAGCUUGGGAGAAGUCACAGUGCAUAAUCUUCUAAACAUAAAGUCUGGGUGCAGCAUGGAUGUCAAGAGGGUUAAUAUAAUCUCUGGAUGUGGAUAUUUACUGUAGAUUUUAUCUCCUUAUUAGGCAUGGGUAUGAUUACUUUUGGUUUCAUAUCUUCAGUUCCUUUAUGAGCAAUUCAAGAAGGAUGACUAACUAGAAGAUAGCAAGAGAGAUUAAUGAGGAUAUGUAAAAGAUUGGACAACAUGCCUGCCAUGGGGGUCAAAAAGUUCUCUUGUUUACCUCUUUGAAGAAGGAUUACAGGUUGAUUUGGUCGAGCUAUAAACGUUGGGUCAGCAGACAACAAACCUUUGUCUAAUAGCCUCAAAAGUGUAUGACAAAGUCCACUGUCUGGAAGUUGAACAAAUUCACACCCUUUUAGAGAGGGCAAUUAACCAUUGGAACAAAUCAACAAGAGUAGCAGUAAGCUUUUUUUUCCCCCCCAGUUGCUGACAGUUGUUUGAACAAGUUUCUUCUAAAGGAGAAUGUCUGCUCUGUUCAGAAUAAGAACUAAUUUGGGGAGGGUCUGUAGUAUGUGUUUUGCAGGAUGGCAGACUAGAUGAUUACAGAGAAGACUUGAGACUGGAUAUUGGAUGAUGGGAAGACUACCAGGAAUAUGCCUGUCUAAACAAAUACAUUUAUGUAAAAUGAUAAAUGUUUAUAUCGAGGGGCCUGUUAAUUUACUAAAGAGCCUCAAAACUGAUGCCAGUCUAAGGAUAUUGUCAGUAUUCCCAAGGCACUGGGCAUUCGUUACAUUAGCUGAAGUCAAUAAUGUAUUCAACAGAAUUCUCCCCAAACCAAGUCUUUGGUCUCUACCAAAAAAAAAAAAAAAAAAAGACCAACCCAAAACACAAACAGAACUACUUUUAAUCCGUAUGGGUUCUUUCCCUGUGAAUGCUGGGGCCUGUAAGCUGGCAAGCUGGAACCCCAGUCUUGGGUCAAUUCUGACAAAGUCCUGGUACAUAAGCACUAUAUGACUCUCAGGCAGAAAUGAAUGAAUUUAAUGGAGUUACUGAGUCAAAUCACUUGCUGGCAUUUCCCACUCCCCUUAAAGGGGUGAGGGAAUCAGCCUUGAUGCAACUGUUUACAUGGCUCCUGUGUUAGCAACAUCCUGGCUAAGCAAAUUGAAACAACAUUGGGCUUUUCCACCUUCAGACUUGCUACUUGUCAGCUACCUGAAAAGGAGCACAUCAUGUACUGUUGUAUUUCUUUUUAGAUUUGUUUCUAAAUACUACUUCUUUGUGGCAGAGCAUAAUUUGAGUACAAAAGAUAAAGACUUUGAUAUUGUUGAACAGACCAGUUUGUAUCCUGAAGCAAAGAAAUGAGUCAUAACUGGCGGAUAAGAGUGAAGGUUGUUAGUGUAAAGCAGUCUGUGGGUACAAGGUCAGGAUUUCUAGUAAAGAUGGGGAGAGCAGGGAGAUUCCCAGGACUUCUCGUCCUCUUCAGAGGAGUGAAGCUUGUUUAAAAAGAUCACCGAUCAACGGCCAUAUCAAGAUUUACCACUGUCUUGUACAGCCUUUGUGUACGUGAAGGUGAAAUUGGUGUAUUAGCAAAUGUGCCCUGCUGCAGUGCGUUACUUAGUUGUUCGAUACUGGAAAACUGGCUGUUCACCAGGGCUUUAAAAAUUCCUAGGCUUUUUUGUCUGUUGUAUGUGGGAGCUUAAGCCAUCAGUUUGUGUAAAACUUAAAGCUUUCUUUUAGAGUACCUGCUCUUUAAAAAAGAAAAAAAACUAGGUGGGUUCAUUGAUCUCAGAGGCUGUAUGUUUAGGCUCGUUUGUCUAGCAGUGGCUUUGAAUUUUGCCCCUCAGGAUUAUUCUAGCGAAUUGCUCAGACGAGGCGGACGAUUGAAGCUUCGUGACGCUUGGCUAGUAGGAUUAAUGACCAGUUUCAGGUAGCUUGAUCAAACUGCCUCUGAUCGUCGUUCUCCAUUGCGCCACAGACUUGUCUGAGGUUUCUUUUUAUUUUUAUUUUUUAAAUUAAAAACAGGAACACAGUACUAAGGGCGGUUAUGGGCUCAUGUUUAUGAGCAAUUCAGUGCUUAAAGACUGAGAAUCGUGCAUGUUUAACAUGUCCAUUGCUGACCGAAGACUUCCCUAGGCGUUUCUCUUUAAGGGUGAUUGCAAAGAUUCAUUUUCCAACAAUAACAUUUCCUAUUUCAAAAUGAUCAGAAGGUUUCAUGCCAUACUGAGUUGUUCACAAGUGAACUUUACAGGUCUUGUCUAUUUGAUGGUACCAUUAACAUAGUUUGUAUGUUUUUUAAUUACACAGCAUUGCAAUACAGUGCCAUUUUGCAAUUUCUUUGCAUUGUACUUGAAAAUAAAUUGAAUUGCAGACUAUUUAAAACUGCUUUCCUGCGCUUUCAGUAGCAGUGAGAGCUUACCUUACGUGAAGCCUUUAUGUAAAAAUAUAUUUUGUAACAACCUCAUAGAUCUUUAACAAAACCAAGAUUUGUAUUAGCUUUGUAUAAAUGUUUGUGGCUUACAAUUUUAUAUGUUUAACUUUUUAUAAACUUUCCAGGGACUACUUUUUAUUGUAAAUUUUUUUUCUCCUUGCUUUAGUUUAAGAUUGGCAAUAAAUUAUUUCUAAAGGAGGUUGUAGAAGAAAAAGCAUCACUUCUUUUUUAUAAAAUGGUUAAAUUGACUAAUAGUUUAAAACCUCUUACAUUUGCUUGUACAUUGCUCUGUACAUACUCUGCAAAAAUGUUGCCUUUCAGCUAUUAAUAUUUGCCUUGUGUACAAAAAUUACUGACGAUGAAUAAACAUAUACAGUCUCAUA